UCAUCGAUUCGCAGUGGUUCGCUUCGGCUCGUCGCUGGUAGCACAUUUUCGCUACGUUUUUCAGUGCAUGUUUUUGCUGCUGAAUUUCGUGACACUCGUCGCAUGUAGUUUGGUUUUUGGUGUGAAAAAGCAGAAAACGACCUCGUUUACUGUUCAGUGGCCUAAUCGUAGCUAAGCGCCCCGAUUCUCGACCAAAUUAUCCACCCACCGUGUGAUAAUGGUUUCCGUGUCGUGUGUUUCCAAGGUGUGAUUUUUAUUUUUCAUCGAAGCAUUUUUGGUAGCCAUUUGAGGUGUUGUGUGAGCAAACGUAUAAAGAUUGUGUCCGGUACGUUCUGAUUCCGAGCUCGAUUCGUAACUUAUUUGCCCAAGUGAAAGUAUGAAGUUGUGAAUAUCUUAGUAACCCAGCCGCUGGAGUCUGGAUUUUGAGCAAGCUAUUUAAUUUUCUGUUACAUCCGAUUUUUUUUAUUUCUGCGAAAGCCAUUUUUAUAUCAGCCGUCUCGGCGAGCAAAAACUUGAAAAGAUCCCGUUCAACCAAAUUUUCGCUUCCAGUCGUUUUCUUUGAUCCUACCAAAAUUCUACCAACCAGGAAAAUGCGUCCGCGUAUCGAGAGCUCAAUUGGCGAUGACGCCAUGGAGAGCUGCGGAUAUCUCAAGUUCACCGACGAGAGCAUGAAGUCCAACUUCCUGCAAAGUCUGAGUACCAUGCGUCGCCAUCGGUUGUUUUGUGAUGUGAUCAUUCUGGUCGGCAGCACCGAAAUCCACGCCCACCGUAACGUUCUGGCAUGCGUUUCGCCCCAACUGAUGGAACUGUUCAGCUCGGAUGUGGGCAACCUAAAUGGUACCGCAGCCGAGGGGAAAACGCCCAGCUACCGACUGAAUGGUCUCAUCACGACGUCUGGGCUGAAGUAUCUGGUCGAGUAUGCUUACACCGGCUCACUGGAAGUGCCCAACGAUAUGAUACGCGAUGUGUAUCUUGCUGCCUGGCAGCUGAAGAUUGACAACGUGGUCAAGGAAUGCGCCCGCCAUAUGGUGGGCGAGCUGGAACCGGAAAGUUGCAUCGAAACUCGCUCGUUGCCGGGAAUCGCUCGUAACAACAAUUUCGUUCAGGAGGUUGACAAUUACAUAGCGAAAAAUUUCACGGAAGUUUCACAACAACCGAGCUUUCUGCAGCUUCCCUGCAUUUUGAUUGAAGUUCUCUACCAGACCAAGCAGGAGAUGUCUGUGGUUACGGAAGCUUCUCUCUGUCGCUUGGUUCUCGAUUGGAUUCGUCGUCAGAUGACGGAAGAUGGUAUUUCGGUUUCGAAUUUGCUGGAACGAUCCCAUAUGCUGUACUUGGCGCUGGACAAUUCAUUGCAGGAUUGUUCGGAUCUUCCACCCGGUCAAGAAUCAGAAAGCGAUCUGGUUCAGGAUUACAAACGGUUAGCACAGAAAUGUCCAAAUGGGAAAAAGCAUCGUAAAGGUUUGAAGACACCCGGACGGCCACGGGUCCUCGUGUACAAUCGAGACAUCGGAGAACGAGUUGAAAAUAGUGCACAGGAUUGCGAUUGGAGCUUAAUCGGCAGCUCAAAAGUAGCCAAUCACACGUUCGUCUCUCUGAUCACAUUGAACGGAAGCCUCUCGCGGUUGUCCAUCCAAUUGCGCUUGAACAUACCGACCACUCCUUCACCCAUCAAUACUCCCGAUCCGAUCAGUGCCAGCUUGAGUAAUGAUGAAGAUGUGAGUGAAUCGCAAAAGCCGGAGCUUUUCUGUGAAGUGGCAACAAUGUCGGGUCCUAAAUGUGGUCUUGGGGUGGCCGAGUUAGAGGGGAAACUACUGGUCUGCGGAGGCUACGACAGAGCAGAAUGUUUGCGCUCCGUAGAAUCGUACUGCCCUGAUACCAACAGCUGGACUCCGCAGAAAAAUAUGGGUGAAGCACGUGGACGAGUACAAAUAGCUGUGAUUAACGGAACGGUUUACGCCGUUGGCGGCUGUAAUGGAACCACCGAACUGGACUCUGUCGAGUGUCUUUCCAAGAUCGACAACAAGUGGAAGAAAGUGUGUAAGCUUCCACUGGCUAGAAGUAAUGCCGGAGUUUGCGCUUUGGAUGAUAAAAUCUUCUGCAUUGGUGGUUGGAACGGUCAGAGCGGAAUUAAACAGUGCGAUGUGCUCAAGCCAACGGAGAACAAAUGGUUUUCCAUUGCUCCGUUGAACACAGGCCGGUAUCAAGCUGGCGUGGCACCCUACAAAGGAAAACUUUGGGUUGCAGGCGGUAGUGAUGCAUGGAACUGCCUGGGAUCGGUUGAAAUGUACGAUCUGGAGAGUGGUCAAUGGAUUUUUGCGCCGUCUCUGUUGACUCCAAGACGCGGCUGUGGUUUGGCCGAAUUCAACGGAAAACUGUACGCCGUUGGUGGCAGCGAUGGAACCCACUCUCUCAACACAACCGAAUGCUACGACGAGGCCAAUAAAUGCUGGGUUGCAGGUCCUAAUUUAACCUCACCGCGCUCAAACGUUUCGGUUGCUGCGGUCCAGAACCGUCUGUACGCGAUCGGUGGCUUUUCGGGGAAGACUUUCCUGAACACAAUCGAAUAUCUGGAUGCCAGUUCGAAUGAGUGGACUACUUUUGUCCCGCAGACAAACCAGAAUAUCGACAGUUUGCUGCAAUCUUCGCUUCACAGCAACAGGGCCAGUGGUCGACCUGGAUCUUCGUCGACUUCGUCUUCGCCAGAUAAUUUGAGUGUUCAAAACGGAGAAAGUGAGCAUCUAUUCAAACCGAUCCAGACAGCCCAAGUGAAUGUGUACAACUUGGAAAAGUCAAACAGUAAGGCAUCUUCGACGGACAAGGAGGUGACAGAGAUUCUGGCAGAAAGUGAACAAUCGACGAAAAAGCUCGUUUCCGACGAGGCGAAUGGGUCGGAUCAGGCCACCAAUGGUACAAACGACUCUCACGAUACCAGUAUUAAACUGCAGAAAAUUCUUGCCAAUAACUGUGCGGAAAUUGCGAACGAGAACGGCUGUAGUUAACUAGUGGGGGCAGCAUCAGCUCAGCCAGACGAGCAGCCGCCGUCUGUGUUGCCCUCGAACUCGAUAUCUACUGAGUCCGAGCUGGACUGAACUACAAUUUUGAAAGGCGAAAGAAAAAGCAAGAGUUCAACAGUUUCGCAGUUUUUCACGGUGGUUUUCUGGAACAUAUAUUAUUAUACAACUGUAAACUCAAUAUAUUUGAUAAGGAAUCUUUUUUACUACCGUUAAGAUUAAAAGUGUCAUUUACACCUCUAUCCACGAUAGCUGAUAUGUAGCAGCGUAUAUUUGCAACCUUAUAUAAGUACUAUUGUGGUGAAUGUAUUUUAGCAUAAUAAAACAACAGCACUUGCGUCAGGUAAUUGCCAUUACUACUAUCACCACUACUAUUGUGAAAGUUUUUUUUUUCUAAAUGGUAAUAGUGCUAUCAAUAAUACAAAAUUAAACUACUCACUGCAGUUUUAGAUCCACGAAUAACAAUACCCGGCGCAGUUAUUUCACAAUAACAUCCAUCCAGCGCCUCAUGCUCUUUUGGGUUUCCGAUAGUCAAAGGCAUAAGGCGGCGAGUGAUGUUUCGACACUCGAUAACACUAUUCUCGUGUUCUAUAUACACUAAUAUGUCAACGUACCAGACGGUAUGUAAAUGUGUGUGACAUCUUACAAAACAGGUACAUAAGUAAAUCUAUUGCGGUCCAUAAAUUGCGAUAAGUCCAUUUUAAAAAUUUCUAUUUUCGAAAGAAACUAAUGCAAAUUGGUUUGCGAAUGAUAAUUUCAGAUCGUAAGAACAUUUUCAUCAUCAUGUGUGAGUGUGACUCUACUACACCCAUUGAGCAGAGUAAGCUGUUUAUAGAACGUAUUCAAAAAUAAAGACAAAUACAAUGCGCCAAGCAUUUAGUUUAAGUUUAAAAUACGAUUAAGCAAAACAAAAUCUACACACUAUCGACGUAAGAACAAUACAUGAAAACGCAAUACUGUGUAGAUCUUAUACUAUGCUUUUUGUGGGAAUCACAAAACUUUAGAAAAUUUCUAAAUUGAACUUUGCAGCAUAUCGAAGAAAUAAUUAAGCUGAAUAGAAAAAUGCAUAUAGAAAUCAUAAAGUUUAUUUCUUGCAAUUUAUGUGCUCAACUUAUUUUGCAAAGUAAGUCAAUCAUUGAACUCCGUUUUUUAAUUGUCGUUGGCUAUAUCUUCAUGAAAAACAUACAGCAGACCCUGAUUUAUUUUCUUGAGGAUGUAGUCCAAUUAUCUGUUAUUCUAACUUCCGUGAUGCAGUCAACGGCAUUCCAACGAAAAAACUACGUUUUUCGCAUCCAAAUUUAUAACUGAAAUUUAAACUUAAACUAUUUUGCUAGUAAUACUAGCAAAUUAACAAAAUUUUAAAUGCAAAAUAUCAAACAAAACUAUCAUGAGUCAUGUAAUCGGUGCCUGUUGGCUUUAGAUUGCAUUACAGCUUAACUGAAUAGAACACAGAGUUUAGUCAAGAUAAUUAUGCCACUAUUCAGCUUCCGGUGCUGCUCCCACAAAGAUAGAAUGAAAAUAUAUCCUCAACUGCACACAUCCACCGUCGCUACUUUUUCGGCGAAUUCAAGACGAACAUCGUGUUUUUUCUCGGUCGACAGUAAUGAAACGAAUGGUUUUGAGGCGAUUAAAACUGAAAAAGGCAGGCAAUCAAAAGAAAACAAUUUCUUUUGUAUUGACGCUAACAUUUAGUAUAAACAGGCAUUCAGACGUGGUGGCGUUCAUUAGAUCGCAACAUUUAACAGAUUUUGAGCGUUUUGGUGUAUCAAUUUGAUUGCAUCUACUGAUGAAUUCCUUACUAAACUGCUAUAUCAUUAGUAUUGAAGUGAUAGUUUUCAUACAAUUCUAAAUUUUUGAAGCUACAUUUUGAUUAACAUUGUGAUUCCAAUUUACGUUUUAUGAUCUACUAUAAAUAUGCAAUUGCAUUAUUUUUUUCCUUUUCUCAUCCAGCGUCAUAGUACAACAUUCGUUGUGCUAUCAAUUAUAUUGUUAACAACAAAAUCUAAUGUGUUAGCAUUUAAGUAUCAUGCGACAGAGCGAAGAUUAUUUGUAAGCAUAAAAGUACAGAAUAUUGCAGGGUGUAACUCAGAGCUCGUUAUGGAAUGAUGAAUCGUUGAAAUUAUGGAAAUAAAAUUUAAGAUAGUACAGUA